CCACAUCCCGGAUACCCGGGAGAGUCCACGAUACAUCCGAUGAGGAGGAUUAUCCACCUCCCCAUAGGAAUUUCAAAUUGAAGAGGCCUUCUGCAAAUACAUCCCGUUCUUUUGUUGUCAGUGACGGUGAGGGGCGUCCAUCACCUUCCAAGAGCAGCAGGAGGGGAAAGGAGGCGUCAGAGGAUUCUGAUCCCGUUCAUGCGGACAACUAUGGUGACUAUCCAUCAGGUGACGAGGAGCCCAUUCUCAGUAAGCAGAGUGAUAAAUUCAUGGAGGUGGAUGAAGACCGGUUACUUGUUGCUCGCCAUUCAAAACAAAGGAAGAAGGAAAACCCCACUAGUAGACACUCGAAGAAAGCUUUAAGUCCUGUCGAGGAAGAGGGGGAAGGAGAACAUCCCGCUGAUUCUGGCGCAUCGAAUGGAAUCGGUGAUGACGUUAGGGAGGAAGCUCCGUCCAAGCCAAAGGGGAAAGGGAAAGUCAAGUCUGGCCCGAUGAAGAGGAAAAAGAAGUCAAAAUCGAAACUGACAACGGUUGAAAGCACGACAUAUACCGAGGACGGGCUGCGACGUGGAACUCGUAGACGAUUCAGGCCUUUAGAGUAUUGGCGCGGAGAAAGAUUGAUCCUUGGUCGUUCCGAGAAUGGACCUGCACCAUGUCCGGUCGUGAAAACGUUAUAUGAGUUACCUCCAGAAUUUCAUGAGCCUCUUGGAGUUGCUGGGCGCAAGCGCAAGCGACAUGGGCGUUCUCAAUCUGGAAGUCGCCCACCUCCCUCAAAGGAUCGGGUUGACAGCCCACAUGAUCUGGUGCCUCCGGAGGAGGGUUGGGAUGCGGACACACCUUUACAAGGCCCUACAUUAGACUUCGACACUGGUGCAGAAAUUACACGGCGUGUGGCAGUUACCGCGAGGAAUAUGGAACCGGGCGAGGUACCAUCUGGUCAUUUUGCAUUCCAAAAAGUUUUUUUGGAUGGAGAUUUCAUUGCUUCUGGGGUAAUCACCAUACCUGUUGGUGGCAAGAAGCCUCUGAAGGGGGCCAGAGACAACACAUUUGUGUUUUUCUGUCAUACUGGAGCAGUCAGGGCGCGCAUACAUUCUGAGUCAUACAUACUUGCACCAGGUGGCACUUUUUUGGUUCCCCGAGGCAACCAGUAUGAAAUCGUGAACAUCUCUAAGCGGGAAUGUGUUCUAUUCUUUGCGCAAGCGAGGGUGAUGAUGAGAGAGGAACUUGAUGGUCCCGAUCCAGCAGGAUCGUCUGCCGCGCGAUCCUCCAUUGCUCCGUCUGCCCGAAGCUCGUUGGCAGCCACGCCAACGAAGAGUGGGAUUGCACCAGGGUCAAAAUUCAAGGCAAGCGGCUCGGCAAAGCGUCGGAGCUGAACCCCAAAUCGGUUUACCUUUGUUGGUAUCAUAUUUCCUAACCUUAUGCGUUUGUUCUCGGCCUUCGUUUUGUAGUAGCUGUAGUAUGCUGUACUUGUAAGUGCUCCGAUUUCCAAAUGAAUUCGUAAUAGCCAGCUUCGCGAUCCUCAUUGACUGUACAUCUUCAUGUUCUAGUGGCUACAGCGGUGUGACACGCAGACACCGAUGUGGGUUCAGAUUUGGUGUUAGAUCACGUUUAUGCUUGUCUAGCUUAAAGAAACGUCUUUAUGACACUGUUAUCGGCUCGUGAU